CACACGCUGUUAUAUUUUGAGCAAGUGCCAAGCAAGCCUUUUCUGAGACAGAGACCCAGAGAGCAUAAGCCAUUCCAUUAACUCACUUAUAUCUUCCAAAACUUGAUUAAAAUGGAGUAUAUAGGAGCCCAUCUAGCUUUUAAAUCUCGCUGGGAGAAGACAGAUGAAGAGAUGUGUCGACACAGUAUGUCAUUCAUUCUGCACAAUGCUAUCAGAACUGAUUUCUUUGCAAGUUACUUAUAUCUGCUGGAACAGAUUCCCUUAGUUAAGCUGUAUGCUCUGACCAGUGAAGUUAUUGAUGGUGAAAUGCAGUUCUAUGCUCGAGCAAAAGACUUCUACAAAGACAUUGAAGCCUCUGAUGAUGGCAUGAUGGGAGGGUUCACUGAACUUUCUGAUGUGGACAUCAAAAGCUCUCAGAAGUUUCUGGCAAAGUUAAUAGAGGGUCCAUGCAAAGUUGGCACUGAAUUUGUCCUUGACUGUGGUUCUGGAAUCGGAAGAGUCAGCAAGAGUGUCCUCCUGCCAAUAUUCAGUAAUGUUGAGCUGGUGGACAUGAUGGAACACUUCCUUGUGGAAGGUCAGUCAUACCUGGAGGAUGAAGGAGAGAAGAUUGAAGCUUUCUAUUGUUACAGCUUGCAGGACUUCACGCCAGAAUUCAGAAAGUAUGACAUCAUCUGGAUUCAGUGGGUUACAGGUCAUCUGACAGACAAACAUCUACUUGAAUUUCUAAUCCAUUGCAAAUGUGCUUUGAGGGAGAAUGGAGUGAUUGUCAUUAAGGAUAACGUGGCCCGUCAUGGCUGCCGACUGGAUCCUGUGGAUAGCUCUGUAAUUAGGGACAUCAACAUUCUCCACACAAUUAUCCGGAAGAGUGGAAUGGAUGUUCUUUAUGCAGAAAAGCAGAAGGGCUUCCCAGAGGUUUGUGUCCCUGUCUGGAUGCUGGCCGUGCAGUAGCCAUUGGAUGCAAUGACGGUUUCUGAAUGUACACUACAGUACCUUAAAUGUGUCACCAAGUGGUUCAUCUCUGUGCUUGCCAAAUAGGCAUCCAAAAUUCAGCCUAAAGGGAAUCUUCUGGAUUAACUAUAAAAUCAUAUAUCUACUAACUCAGAAACAAAACAGACUUGGAACAGUUAUUGUUACUAACAAACUGAUUCAGAGAAACCCUAUUUUAAAAGGUAGUGCAGUCGGCAAGGGCAUUGGAUUUCCACUGAGAGACUAUACUAGAAAUAUUUGCAGGAGAGUUACUUUCUCACAUUAAAUUCUUUCAGUGGGAUCCCAAAUUCUCCAAUCAUUUUUCAAAACACUGGAAAAUAUGUAAUCAAAAUAAUUCCAUUAUUUUCCAAGUUUACCGUUUUAUUUAGUCACUUGAUGUGUAGUGCAAAUCUGUUGUCAAGUACUUGUAACUAAAAAUAUACAUGUGAGCUUAAAGUAUACCUUUUCAUAUUUUGUUGACAAACAGUAUAAUGAGAUGAUGUGCAUACAUAGAUCAUGAAAAAUCAGCAAGGACUAUAAAUAUAUUAAUGACGGAACUAUUUAAUUAUUUAACUUUAGUACUGUAUCCAUGUCUGGAAAUGUUCUCUUAGGCUCUCCUUCUAUGUCAUUGCCUUCCUGUCUGUCUUUUUAUUAUUGCAAAUCAACAAUGUAAUAGAAAAAUGUUGAUUAUACAUUUGAGAAUUCCUUUAACUAUGAUAUCUAUCUCCAGUAAGGCAAACAUUAAACUUGUCAUCCCUGUUAGUUUUUGGCCAUUCUGCCAUUUUAC